AUGGAAACAAAAGGCAGUCAAAAUGUGUCGGGAACCAACUUAGCAAACAUUCCAAUGUCUGAAGAUGGUGUAGUAUAUAUUGCAGUUAAAGGUUCACUUCAUGCCAAUGAUUGCUCUGUAUUUGGUUUAGGUCAAGAGGAAAUCAAAGCAUUGACCAAGAAAUACCCAGGAUCUGGAGAUGUAGUUAAUGGUGUAACUAUGAAAACAAAUGUCCUUCAACUGAUUAAUUCAUUGAGCCAGUUGGGAUAUAAGAUUGUCGCAAGCACUGGAGAAGCAGAGAUUACUUGGACCUUAGGCCGUGAUAUUUAA